UUCCAAAUUUCCCAAACACCUACCUAUCCUCUUACAUAUAUAUGAUAUAUGCCUCCAUCCUCUCUACUUCUCUUUGUCCUUAGCUUGCUUCUCUACUUUUCUCUCCUUCAAGUGCGUAGAGGUUGUUGGGUUGCUGGAGAGGAUCAUCGGACUAUAUGGCGGAUUACGAGAAGCUUGAACAUUACUCUGCUUCAUCGGAAGAUCACCAGGCCACCUCUUUGGGUAAUAAAUAUGGAGACCUUAUGCCAAAGAAGAAACCUUUGAUCUCCAAGGACAAUGAACGUGCAUUCUUUGACUCCGCAGACUGGGCUUUGUGCAAGCAAGGGGCAGGGGUGAACCAGAAAUCCGCAGUGGCCAUAGAAACACUGCGUCCGAAGUUGCAGAGAACCCCUCACCAGCAGCUUCCUCCCCGAAGACCAGCUUGUACAUGAGUACAUCUUUGAAGUGACAACCAUGUGGAUGGGUGUUUUUAAGUCAGUAGUUUGGUUGUAUCAUUAACACUUACUUUGCUCUUUCAUGGAACAUUAUUUCUUGCAACUCGCCCAAUAUACAUACAUUUAUGCAUGUAUGUGAUCAUGAUUCAU